CCAGAAACGUUAAUUGUUCUCUCAGACCCAGAACUGAUCAGGGAGGCUUUGAACAAAGCAACAACGAGUGACAAAUCCACCAACGAAUUCUUCAAGCUGCUCUACGCCGACAAAGGAAUUAUCUUCUCUAGUGGUGACCUUUGGCGGCUUACGCGUCGUUUCACCCUCUUUCAUCUGAGGAACUUUGGCAUGGGGAAGUCAAGGUUGGAAGCUGUCAUGCAGGACCAGAUCAAUGACUUCAUCAACGUUGUGUUAGCUCCCAGUGAGGGGAAGCCUAUAUUGCUCGACAACAGUAUGAAUGUAGCUGUCUUCAACAUUCUCUGGGGAAUCGUGGCUGGAGAAAACCUGGACAUUAAAGACACCAGAAUUCUGAUGGUAAUGGACAACCUGAACAAGAUGAACGAAAUCGCGGACCGCUUCGUGAUCUUCGCGGCCAUGCCGGCACUGUUGAAGCUGCCGCACCGUAUGACCGGACUGGACCGGCUCCUCAAAUACUUUCACUACCCGAUCGACAACCUGCUGCAGCCGGCGCUCGACCAGCACCGUCGUACCGUCGACCUGGACAGCGAGCCGCGCGACUACAUCGACUGCCUCCUGCAGGAGCAGAGCAGAAACCCAGCCCUCUUCACUGACAGCCACCUCCUGCGCACCAUCAUCGACCUCUUCUUCGCCGGCGCCAACACGACGACCACCACGCUCCGCUGGGCCUUCUGCUUCCUGUGCGCGCGUCCCGACGUGCAGGAGCGCCUCGCCUCCGAGCUGCACCGGGUGGUGGGCGAGGGGCGCGCGCCCACGCUCGCCGACCGGCCGCAGCUGCCGUUCACCGAGGCCGUGCUGAUGGAGACGCAGCGGUUGGGCGACGUCGCGCCCACGGGGAUGAUGCACCUCUGCAGCGAAGAGUUCCAGCUGGGUGGCUACACGGUGCCGCGGGGCGCGCAGGUCCUCCCCCUGUUCACGGCUGUGCACCAGAGCGAGGCGCUGUUCCCGGACGCGGCCCAGUUCCGGCCGGAGCGCUUCCUGGACGCCGAGGGCAAGCUGCAGCCGAACCGCGCCCUUAUGGUCUUCUCCGUGGGCAAGCGGGCCUGCCUGGGGGAGGCGCUGGCGCGUGCCGAGCUCUUCCUCUUCGUCACCACGGUGGUGCACAAGUUCCGGCUGCGCUUCCCCGACGGCUUCACGCACGACUUCGGUAUUAACCAGAACAGGGCCCUCAUCAAUGAACCGAAGGAGUAUUCGUUGAUCGUGGAGAGGCGCUGAUUCCAAGCAGCAAUGAUUUGGUUCGGAUGCGUUCAUGAAGCUCUGUGUUUCCAUUUAUGUCAAACUAAAACGAUUCAAAUGGUAGACAAGCAAGCAUGCCCACGGUGCCAAGUUGACAUGCCGACAUGCCGACUAUUGUGCCAUGCUGACAUUGUGCACUGGCAAAACUCAGUGGGCAAAAGCAAAAUAAGCAUAUUUACUCAGUUCAGCAAACCAUUUUUAGCCUGACAUGAGUGCGAGAGUGACUUAAUUAUAUGAUGACUAUGAGGGUUAGAGCGGAUAGUAAGUUAAUGUGAGAGUAAUAGUAAGUUGAAACUGAAAUGGAGCCAGGGGUGUAGUUUCCUAUUUAGUUGGGGGCUUGAGCCCCCUCCCCCCAACUUGGGCUUCAGUUCCCCAAAUCUUGGGGAGAAAAUGGGCGGCAUCCCUGGAGAAACUUGUUUAUCGGCAUAUUUUUGGGGUGAAUUGGGGUGAAUGGCAUAUUUUCGGCUCCAUUUCAGUUUUUGGGAGAAACUUGUUUAUUGGCAUAUUUUUGGGGUGGGCUGGGCAAUUUUUCACUGUCGAGCCCGCCCCUCCACCUUCCGCAACUCAUUUCGCGAAGCCACGCCUCUGAAUGGAGCGAGCCAAAUAUCAUAAUCAAAUACCUCUGCCAACCGUGGUUGUAGUGGUGAGCAUAUGUUACAUUCGCGUGUUGAUUAGGUAUGAAUGCUGUCAGCAGCCAUGAACGUUUGCAAUUAUCACAGCGCGCGGCAUUAAAAGGACGAAAGGCCACGGAAGUGGAAGUGGCUACGGCUCACCCGCCGCAGCGACUUACCAAUCGCGUUGAAUGCUAAUGCCAAACAAACGUCGGAAGGUUAUCUGCAGAGAGGUGUUGGCGAUGCUGUUGUAUGAUUGAGAAAGUGUGAAUGAAG